CCUUGGCGAGCGGUGUGGAAUCGUCAGUAUCGAGUACGCAGUCCAUACUUUGCACCUAUAAACGCGCCGGCAAAUGGGUAGGUGGGUUGCUGGGUGGUUGUUCUGUUGACACCAUAACACUCAUGCCAGCUGCCUACUCAGCAUCGCCACGGAAGUUUAUAAAAGUUCGCCCCUGCCAAAAAUAGCGUUGAUUCGGCAGCGCGAAGGUGUUUUUCGCACACAAAACGUUUUCCCAAACUCUUGCAAGACGCUAAUAAUUAGGCAAAUUUCUAGCCUGCAUAAUCACUAACAUUCGACAGUUUUAACUAAAACCGUGCAAAUAAUACUUGAAGUAGUGCCAUUAUAGUUAACGAGCGUAGAUAAAAUAUCGACAAACGGUUGGCCAAUAAAGAUUAUCUUUAUGAGGUGAAAAUCUCCGUUUAGCAGGCACCCACUUAAUGGACGCAUAAUUAUAAAUCAGUCGCUCGCGUGUUAUACACCAGAGAAAACAGCAUUAGGAGUGCCUCUACUGUAGUGGGUCGCGGAGUGGAAGAAUAAUUAAAUUUGACUAGUCAUAACUUUUAUUAAAAUUACUCGCAGAUCAUUUCAUCGCUUUCAACUACCUACAUCGAAUGAAAUGGCUUCGUUCGGUGCCCCCGACUACGGAAUCGUUGCGAUUGUGCUAAUUGCUUCAGCAGCUAUUGGGCUGUACUACCGGUUGACGGGCGGCAAGCAGCAGACCACCAAGGAAUACCUGCUCGCUGACCGUCAGAUGUCAAUUCUGCCCGUCGCCUUUAGUCUUAUGACUAGCUUCAUGUCUGCCGUCACUCUGCUAGGUGUUUCAAUGGAAAACUAUCAGUACGGCACCAUGUUUGUGCUGAUUAACAUUUCGUACGUCUUAUCCACGCCAGCAGCCGCCUAUCUCAUUUUGCCCGUUUUCUAUCGGCUGAAAACUGCUUCUGUCUACGAAUACCUGGAAUUGCGAUUUGGAUACACCACACGACUCUGCGCCUCACUCGCUUUCACCACCCAGAUGACGCUCUACAUGGGAAUUGUGCUGUAUGCGCCAGCGCUGGCCCUUGAGGCCGUAACUGGUCUAAAUCAAACUUUCUCGAUAGUUGUCGUAGGUGUUGUGUGUACCUUCUAUGCCACUUUGGGCGGCAUGAAGGCAGUGCUUAUCACGGACAUUUUUCAGUCAUUGUUAAUGUUUGUAUCCGUGUUCAGUGUCAUCAUUUGCGCCACCAUCAAAGCAGGUAGUUGGGGCGAGAUAUGGCGCGUCGCUAGGGAAGGUGGCCGCAUUCAGUUUCUGGACUUCCGUGUCGAUCCAACCGUACGUCACACUUGGUGGACGCAAAUUUUUGGCGGCAUAGGCACAUAUCUAUCUUUGUAUGGUGUCAACCAGACGCAGGUCCAACGGAUGUUAUCUGUUCGUAAUCUGAAAUCAUCGCAAGCCGCGCUGUGGUGGAAUUUGCCAAUUUUAAUACUUUUAAGUUUCAGUACCUGCUUCUCUGGCCUGUGUAUAUAUUACUACUACAAGGAUUGUGAUCCGUUAUUGGAAGGACGCAUUUCAUCACGUGAUCAAUUGAUGCCACUUUUUGUCGUAGAUACAAUGGGAAACCUACCUGGUCUGUCGGGUCUCUUCGUGGCGGGCAUAUUUUCUGCAAGUCUGUCGACAAUUUCAUCAGCUAUCUCUUCGCUGGCUGCCGUCACCGUCGAAGAUUACAUGAAGCCGUUACUGCUCUGGAAAACUAAAAAGCCACUAAGCGACUCAAGGAGCACGUGGUUUUCGAAAGUCUUCAAUCUGAUUUAUGGUGCGGCAUGCAUCGGCUUGGCAUUCGUCGCCGGCUCACUAACCGGCGUUCUCCAGGCGGCGCUUUCCAUCUUCGGCAUUGUUGGCGGACCACUAUUGGGUCUCUUUACGCUCGGCAUGUACUUCCCUUUCGCAAACCAAAAGGGUGCAAUAACAGGACUAGUCACUAGUUUGACAUUUAGUUUUUGGAUAGGCUUUGGCAAGCCAAGGCCGGUACCGGCGACCUUAGAAUUGUCUACUGAAGGCUGUCCCGCAACGCAGCCAACAUCACAUAUCAGAGAUAUCUUCACAACUAUGGUAUCGGUGACAGCGACGGAAACAGAGGAGCCGCAUUAUUUCUAUCUGUAUCGUAUCUCGUAUAUGUGGUAUUCAGUUAUUGGCUUUCUCGUCACGUUGUUUGUGGGCUUGGUAUGUUCCUGGCUGUACGCCAAGCUAGGCUGGGACUCAAAUGCUCACAUCUACACUGACAGCGCGUGCACGACAAUUAAAUAUGACCUGUUUGUUCCACCUAUAGCCAAGCGGUUGCGCAAUCGACAAGUACCGACUGUGGUGGUGACAGGCACAAGCUCCGAGAUCGGUGGCAGUUCAGCGACUCCGAGCACCAUGGAGGACGAUGCGCCACUGCCGAAAAGUGCCACAGGCGCAACAGAGCUUAGAUUGCAAGAACUCGAAUGCAAUCCAAAGAAUGAAAGUGUGGCAAAUGCUGAUGUUAUUAUACAGAACGGCAGUGCACAAAAUGUGGCCACUACAGCCUAAAUACAAUUAAAUUUAUUCGUAUGUGAUUUUUCUUUUAAUCGGAAUUUAAACGGAAAGCAAAUUUCAAUUUACCAUUGAAUUUAAUUGAUUUUAAUAAAUCG